AUGGCGGAGGAUAGUUCUCCGGGGGAGCAAUCGCCCAUCACCUUCCACGUCAAAUCUUCAAAUGAUGUCAAAUACACUCUGACGCUGGAUCCGUCGACUACUAUAGCUGAUCUCAAAGCAAAAUUAGCUGGUUCGGACUAUGCAGAUGUUCCAGCAGAACGACAACGCUUGAUCUAUUCUGGUCGGGUGUUGAAAGAUGGUGAUACGCUAGCUACUCAUAAUGUUAAGGAUGGCCAUUCAAUUCACCUUGUCAAGAGUGCCAUUAGCAAUCAGCGCCCAGCUCCUCCAUCCCAGGGCUCCAGUACCACUGCGAGCGACCGCACUCGAACCCCGGGCCUCCCCAACGUACCAACCAACAUCGCGGCUGGAACGGGAAAUAAUCCACUAGCAGGACUCACAGGGGCAAGAUAUGCUGGAUUUGCGCAGUUGCCAGGCGCGGGUAUGUUUGGACCUGAUGGUGGUAUGGGGCCCCCUCCAGAUUCGGAAGAAAUUAUUAGAAUGCUCGAAAACCCGCAAUUUCAGUCUAGUAUGAAUGAAGCCUUACAAAACCCUCAACUUAUUGAUAUGAUGAUUCAACAAAAUCCGAUGCUGCUGGAAAUGGGGCCUGGGGUUCGCCAAAUGAUGCAGUCCCCAUUAUUCAGACGAAUGUUGACUGAUCCAAAUGUGAUCCGCCAAAUGACUCAAAUGCAAAGGGCUAUGGGUAUAGGCGGAGGUGGAGGAGCUGGCGGUGGCAGCGCAUUUCCCGCCCCAGGUGUAACAAACACAACCCCCGAGGAGAGCCGUGGUACUCAUGAUAACCAAAACCCAUCUGCUAAUACCGCCAACGAUACUGCAAAUAUGUUCAACUUGUUUGGUAUGCCAGGAGCCCAAGGUGGUGCUGGUGGUGGAAAUCCAUUCGCCGCUCUCUUUGGUGCCGCUACACCAUCUGGCGCAACUUUACCCACACAAGCACCUACAGGCGAUAAACAAUGCAGCUAA